AUGUCUUCUGCUAAUGUGAGACAACAAACAAAGGGACGAAGGCAGCAAGAGUUCAAUUAUCAGAACUCAAACUCAAAUCAUUCAAAUCGGAACGCCAAAAAUAAAUGGAAUAAUAACGCUCAACAUCCCAAUAAUAUGCCGAUUCGUAAUCAAUCAAUUCCUCCAAUACCACCAUUAUCACAAGCCAUAAAUAAUCCAUCCUCCAACACAAACCAUCUUAACAACGGGACCGUCUCAAUACCACCACCUAACACAAAUAAUUCAUAUAAAUCCGUUGGGAAUACAAUACAUAAUGAGAUAGCAGAAAAACAUAUGCAUGAUCGAAUGUUGUGUUUAUUGGCAAAUUUUGUGGGCAUGAAUGUACAAGUCACAAUCAAGGAUGGUACAAAAUAUGAAGGUCUUUUUCAUGCAGCAUCCACCGAAGAGCUUGGUGUUGUGCUGAAACUUGCGCGUAAAAUCUUAACAAAGGCAGAAGAAAAAGCGGGGACGCCUAAUAAAGUAAUACCCACCUUUAUUAUAAUGGCAAAAGAUUGUAUGGCAAUUGAAGCAACAGGCGUGGACUUUUCAUCUUCAGAAAAAAAUCUUACAUCUGAACGUGACAGUUUUAGGACAGACACGGAUAUCAGUGGUGGUCGUACCGAACCUCGAGAACGCGAAUUACGCAAAUGGAAUCCAGAUGAACAUGGUGGCGGGGAAGCCUUGGCGGGUCAAGAUAAUGGCGGUGCAGAGGCUUGGGAUCAGUUUGCAGUGAAUGAACAAUUAUUUGGAAUAAAAACGGAUUUUAACGAAGAAUUUUAUACCACAAAGUUGGAUCGGACAAAAGCCGAUUUCAAAGAAAGGGAAAGACAAGCUAUUCAAAUUGCAAAUGAGAUUACAAGGACAACCACUAAUAAUGUACAUAUGCUUGAAGAACGUGGUAUCCUGGUCGAAGAAAGUCACAUGGACGAAGAGGACAAAUAUGGUGCGGUUGUUAGGAAUCGAGAUCCUAGCAAGUACAUGCCACCUGCUCUUCGUAAAAUACAAGAACAACAAAAUGCCGCAUCUGUUAAAAAACCAGAACUACCGAAAGAACCGGCCAAAGAGGUCAAACCAGUAGUAAAACCUAUACCGGAGACGCCAACAGUUCCCGUACAACAACCUAUCAAUGACAAGACUAACCCCACUAAUGUCAAUAGUAACAGUAAUAAUAGUUUACCAAAAAUCCCACCUUUUAAUCUCGCCCAAUAUCGUGUUUCUCCAGAAGAUGCAAAUCUAUUGUAUAAUCAAAGGGAAAUCAAUAUUGAAUUAAAAUCUUUGGCGUUUCAGAAACCUCUCAUUGAUGCACGUGGUAAACCUAUUGAAGGCAGAAAGUUUGCCAGCGAUGAGAAAGAGCGUUUACAACAAAGGAAGCAAGCAAUAUUUAAAAAAGAGAUGGACGGAAAAGUGGCUGAAUUAGCUAAAUGGGGUAAAAACUUUAAGUUGAAUUCUCCCUUGCCUACCGAUCUAAUUCCAAUAUUGACGAAAGACGAAAGUAAGCGUCAACAAUUAGUCGCUAAAUCUGUUGCAUUAUCAACA